AUGGGAAUUGCUGCUAAUCUAUUUCGAGUUGUUUACGCAACUUGGAGACAGUAUAUUUAUACUGCUGGAGCAUUGCUCACAUUGACAUGGAAAUGGUUGACGAAGGACAAGGACUACUUUACGGAGUACACUUAUCCUGAACCAGAAUGUCUCAAAAAUUGGAAUCAUAAGUUUGUUCAAUUGAAAGAUAUCAGAAUGCAUUACGUGGAAGAAGGUCCUGAAGAUGGAGAUGUUCUUUUGAUGGUUCAUGGAUUUCCUGAAUUUUGGUAUUCCUGGAGAUUUCAGUUGGAACAUUUCAAGCAUACUCAUAGAUGUAUUGCAAUUGAUAUGCGUGGAUAUAACUCAACCGAUCGACCGUCUGGGAUAUCAAACUAUAACAUAUCUUAUCUCGUAGAUGAUAUCCGUCAGUUUAUUGAAAUUCUUGGAUUGAAAAGAGUGACACUGGCUGCUCAUGAUUGGGGAGCAAUGAUAUGUUGGCGUGUUGCGAUGAUGCAUCAAGAACUGAUUGAGCGACUAAUAAUCUGUAAUGUUCCACAUCCAAUUGCCUUUUUUGAUGUUUAUAAAGUUAGUAAAGAGCAAAGAGACAAGAGCUGGUAUGUUUACUUUUUCCAAUCACAACACAUUCCUGAAAUUGCAAUGAGGUCUAAUAAAAUGAAAAUGUUGGAGGCGAUGUUUCGAGGAAAACAAGCUGGAAUAAGGAAUUCACAGAACUUCACAGAUGAGGAUAUGCUAGCAUGGAAGCAUGUUUUCAGUCAACCAGGAGCCACUACAGGGCCACUGAACUAUUACCGUGAUCUUUUCAACGCUCCUUCAAUUUCUCGGAAACUCCAGAUAGUUCAACCAAAGGUUUUGAUACUGUGGGGUGAUGAAGACAACUUUUUGGAUAAGAAAGGAGCUGAAUUUUCGGUCCAAUACUGUCGCAACUGUCGCGUUGAAUUCAUCCGGGGAGCAUCUCACUGGGUCCAACAGGACCAACCAGAAUUGGUAAAUGCUUACAUGGAACAAUUUAUGAAGGAGGAUAUAUAUGGAAUUGUCGACAACUCAAAAGAAUUUAAAUCAAAUCUUUAA